CAUUUGCAGCAGCGAAAUUAAUAUAAGAUCCUAUUUUGGCUCCAUCCGUUACGCUGCUUCUCUAACUUCCACAGACAAAAACUCACCUCUGCUAAAGAAAAGAGAGAAAAAAACGUACCUUCUCUCAAACACACACAAUGUCAGGCGACGAAGCCACCACCGUCUCCGCCGCAGACUCCCCGGAAAAAGUCCAAACCGCGAUCGAAUCCCUAUCCUCCAUCGUCCCCUCUCUCUCCAUCACCACCCCCACCUCCCUCCUCUCCAACCCCGAAAUCUACUCCCACAUCUCCUCCCUCCUUCGGCGCCCCAACUCCGGUGCCGGCGACAACAACCUCUGCCGGUGGCUCUACGACACCUUCCAAUCCGGCGUCACGGAACUCCAGCUCCUCGUCCUCCGCUUCCUCCCCGUCAUCGCCGGCGUCUACCUCUCCCGCGUCGCCGACAGGAAACCCCAAGCCGGAUUCGAAGCCGUCCUCUUAGCCCUGUACGCGCACGAAACAACCUCACGCGCCGGGCAAGCCGUGUCCGUCACGAUCCCCGACCUCGCACAACCUAGCCUCUACCACGAUCCAAAAGCGUUAACCCCUAAUAACAACAAGAACAUUAACUCCAGCACCGAACUCAACGUCGCUGUGGUGUCCCCUUCGCUUGAGCCACACGGCACCGUCCGGUCCACACGUAGAGCCCGAAUCGUGGGCGUGGCGCUGGAGCUCUUCUACGCCAAAAUCCCCCACAUGCCGGUGUCCUCAAAGAUCGAUUUUUGCGAGUUUUGUAAACUGUGGGCGGGGCAAGACGGUGACAUGUACAAGAAUUUGGAAGAGGAGGAGGAUAAUGGAGAAGAAAGUGUUGUUUUUGUUGAUGCUGAGGCGGAGCUUGAAGAGAAGGAGAAGGGGAAGGUGGAGUCUAGGGUUCCGCUGCCAUGGGAGUUGUUGGAACCGGUUUUGAGGAUUCUGGGGCACUGUUUGUUGGGGCAGAAUAAGAGGGACGUGGAGCUUUUUGAGGCGGCGAGUGAGGCAUGCAGGUGCUUGUUUGCCAGGAGCAUGCAUGAUGUUAACGCCAAGGCUAUUUUACCAAUCAGGAGUCUCUUGAGGCUUUCCAAAACUCUUGUGCAAAAUAAUAACGAGCUUGAUCCCACUGAGCUACCCUUCACUGAUGUUAUUUCUCUUUAAUUCAUUGAGACUCAAAAAGUAUGAGAAAUCUAGAAAGAAAAUCAGGGUCAAACUGGAAAAUUAAGAUGAAAGAGGGAAUAGAUGUAUGAUUAUAAUU